AAGGCCGGGGAUCUCGCGUGAGCCCCGAGCCGGAGGUGACGUUGCGAGCAGGAGGAGGCUUCGCUAUCAACACGGAGCCCCCCUCCCACUCCGCAGUCUCCUCGCAGCGCGCUGUCGCUCACCCCCUGCCCUGGAGCGCGUCCGUGUGAGCAACGAGGUGUGCGCGGAGCCGCGGAGCGAGGUGAGCGAGCCGCCUCGCGGCGCCAUGAACAGCCAGGGCUCGGACCUGAGCGAGGAGGAGGAUGCAGAUGGCUACGGGGAGGAUGAGUACGAGCAGGGCGACAUCCGUGACUACUACGAGGGGGUGGACGGGGAUGUGGACGACGUGGACGACACGACCUUUGACCCCGAGGAGUACGAGUUCUCGUGCCUCUCGCACCGUGAGGCUGAGCGCCUCCUCUCUGACCUGCAGGGCAAGGCGGCCGCCACCCUAAAGGUUCAGCCAGAUGUUGCCAAGCUGGUGCUGGUGGCAUGCCAAUGGCGCUUGCACGACAUGAUGGAGAGGCACAGGACAAACCCACGCCAGCAAUUCAUCGAGGCCAAGGUCCUGCCUGGACAGACCAAGGCCCCGAGCGGCACGCAGGGCCAGCAGUGCGGCGUCUGCCUGCAGCCGACGCGGCGCGAGAGCCUGAUCAGCCUCGCCUGCCAGCACGCGUACUGCAAGGCAUGCUGGGAGGAACACUGCCGUGUGCUGGUGCGAGACGGCGUGGGCGUCGGUAUCUCCUGCAUGGCCCGUGAUUGCCACGUGCGUGCCCCAGAGGACUUUGUCUUCCCCAUGCUGGGCGAGGGGGAGCUGCGCGACAAAUACCGCAGGUUCCUCUUCCGCGACUACAUCGAGUCGCACUACCAGCUGCAGAUGUGCCCGGGGCCCGACUGCCCCGUGGUCAUCCAGGUCGGGGAGCCCAAGGCGAGACGCGUGCAGUGCAGCCGCUGCAGCCACGCGUUCUGCUUUAAGUGCCGGCAUAUGUACCACGCUCCCACGGACUGCAACACGAUCCGCCGGUGGCUCACCAAGUGUGCCGAUGACUCGGAGACCGCCAACUACAUCAGCGCGCACACCAAGGAUUGUCCCAAGUGCAAUAUCUGCAUUGAGAAGAACGGAGGCUGUAACCACAUGCAAUGCUCCAAGUGCAAGCACGACUUCUGCUGGAUGUGCCUGGGAGACUGGAAGACGCACGGCAGCGAGUACUACGAGUGCAGCCGCUACAAGGAGAACCCCGACAUCGUGAACCAAAGCCAGCAGGCCCAGGCGCGCGAGGCCCUCAAGAAGUACCUCUUCUACUUCGAGAGGUGGGAGAACCACAAUAAGAGCCUGCAGCUGGAGGCCCAGACGUACACGCGUAUCCAGGAGAAAAUAACGGAGCGCGUCAUGAACAACCUGGGCACGUGGAUCGACUGGCAAUACCUCCAGAAUGCAGCCCGCCUGCUCGCCAAGUGCCGGUACACACUGCAGUAUACCUACCCUUACGCGUACUACAUGGAGGCCGGGCCGCGCAAACGACUCUUCGAGUACCAACAGGCACAGCUCGAAGCAGAGAUUGAGAACCUGUCCUGGAAGGUGGAGCGAGCAGACAGCUACGAUCGCGGGGACCUUGAGAACCAGAUGAACAUCGCGGAGAAGAGGAGACUCACGCUGCUCAAAGACUUCCACGACAUGUCCUGAGUGGCACAGGGAAUGCGCGCACGCACACCCCACCCACACUAGCGUGUAAGCACACAUGCCGACACACGCAUUCACGCCCGCUCCAGUGUGUGAAGACGCCAGCACACACAUACACACCUGUUGGAACGCACAAACACACCGGCGCACGCCUCGCACACACCUAUGCCCACACCUGCCGAAGUUGUGCGAAGACCCCGACGCACAGCACACACACCCGAACUCUUGCCACACGCACACCCUGACUUGCGCACCCAUGCCGGCACGUGCGCGCAGCCAUCACAAACCCACAUCGGAAUGCAUCAACGCGCGCGGCAGUGUUACCCACUGGCAACCGCACUCUUGCACGCGCGCCCUCCUGACCUUACACCCGUGCAGCACGUGCGCCACUGCCCCCAGCGCGUACGCAAGUGAGAGUUUCCUCGCCCACCUUGUCUCUGUGCGCGCGAGUGAGCACAGCGCGGCACGGUACAAAGAUAAGGUUCUCGGGGGAGAGAAGCAUGGCACCACCUCGAGACCCCCCCCCCUCCCUCCUGCCUCUCGUCCCUGCUACCGCUUUUCCACUGCACAACUUGAGCCGCGCCGGGGCCUUGCUGAGCCAGCCCGGCACGGUUCGGGACAGCGUAAGAUGGAGGUGCUAACCGCUGACGUUGCACGCAGCGAAUGAGUCAUUCGCCCUGUCCUUGGGCAAAGUUUUUAAUGGUUUGGUUCUGGCUUGGCUUGGCAAUUGGCCCGUGGAAAAACCACCCGUACCACAAGGGGACCAGUGCUGGCUCUGCUCUGAUGUGCCAGUGGAUAAAAGGUAUAACUUGUCCCUGGGGCCCACCGACCCUCCGAGCCACUUCGCCAGCUGCAACCGGAUCCUGACCCUCAAGCCUGAUACAACCACUGACCGGAGUCAAACACAGUCCACACACGUAGGGGGCUCUACAAGGGGGGAGGGCUAUUUCAGAAAAGCUGCCCCAGUGCCCCCCUGACCCCCACCCCCAAUUUAACCUCUCUCAGUGGACAGACUGCUGGAUUCAUUUGUGUUAAAUGAAACCACCAUGCAUGCGAUCACCUUGACUACAGCUCCUCCACACAGUUAAACCCACUUUCUGUGCUACCGUCUCGGCUACAGCUCCCAUUGCCUUGGCUACUGCUCCUCCUCGGGUAGAUGCUGCCCUGCUUCUACUAACAUCUGCGGCAUCAUCACAGUCCCCCCCCCUACCAUGUGGAGCCGGUCAGACCCCCAAAAUUUGUAAAAUGCCCCCCCGCCCGUCCCCCAGCCAACCCCUUGGGGGGGAGGGGGUCCCCCCUUGCAAUACCCAAAUCCUCCCCCCCCCCCCCGAUCGGCCUGAGUUGUCGGUGCAGCUGGGCAUGCUGCCGUUUCUGACGUCGCGUGGGUGAUUUGAUGUCUCCCACUCUGCACCGAGAGGGUUCGUUGGGGUUUAAUUUUCUCAUUAUUGUUACUGUAUUAUUAUUUUUCUUGUUUUUGUUUGUAUUCGCAGGUUGUACUAAUUUAUAGCGAAUUAAAAAAAACGAAAUAAACCUUG